AUGGCACGGCUGAGAGCAUAUCUCGCUGAAAGACGGGCAAUGUUGUGGAGUGAUAUGUCGGCCAAUAUGGCCAAAAUCAUAGAAGAAGGUGAGUCAGGGGAUUGUCGAGAUGUUAUUCAGCUAGGAGAGCUAGAUGCAGCUCCAGCUAAGUUAGAGGAUCUGAAAGCCGAUGUUCAGGAUCCCUUGUUGGAGAUCAAUUUGGGAGCAGAAGAAGAGCCUCGGCCAACCUACAUAAGUGAUCUUCUAGAACCUAACUUUAAAGCUGAACUGAUCUCGUUGCUUAGAGAAUAUAAGGAUUGUUUUGCUUGGAAUUACACUGAGAUGCCAGGAUUACCAAGGCAGCUAGUUGAGCAUCGACUACCUAUAAAAGAAGGUUUCAGACCGUUCAAGCAAGCGCCUAGACGUAUGUCAACAGAAGUGACUAUGAAAGUGAAGGAGGAAAUUGAGAGGUUACUCAAAGCAGGAUUCAUCCGGACCACAAGGUAUUGUGAUUGGCUAUCUAAUAUCGUUCCCAUGGUUAAGAAGAAUGGAAAGAUUAGGGUGUGCGUAGACUUCAGGAAUUUAAAUUUAGCUACUCCAAAAGAUGAGUAUCCAAUGCCCAUGGCCGAUCAAUUGAUUGAUGCGGCCGCCAAGAAUGAGAUUCUGUCAUUCAUGGACGGUCACUCAGGAUACAACCAGAUAUUCAUAGCAGAGGAUGAUGUUAACAAGACGGCAUUUAGAUGUCCGGGAGCCAUAGGCACUUUCGAAUGGGUGGUGAUGCCCUUUGGUUUGAAGAAUGCCGGAGCCACUUAUCAACGAGCUAUGAAUGCAAUCUUCCAUGACAUGAUUGGGAAAUUUAUGGAAAUAUAUAUUGACGACGUAGUGGUGAAAUCAGCGACAAAGGCGAAACAUCUGGCCGACUUGAGGAGAUCAUUUGAGAGAAUGAGAACCCAUGGUUUGAAGAUGAACCCACUUAAAUGCGCCUUUGGAGUGACAGCUAGGAAUUUUCUAGGGUUCUUGGUGCAUCGGAGGGGUAUCGAGGUCGACAAGAAUAAAGCUAGGUCAAUCAUCGAAGCUCAACCACCUCGCAACAAGAAGGAGUUACAAAGACUAAUUGGUCAAAUCACAUACUUGGGAAGAUUUAUUUCAAAUCGUGCUGGAAAGAUCCAUACCUUUUCUCCGCUCUUAAAGCUCAAAUCAGAGGAAGACUUUCGAUGGGAAAAGCAUCACCAACAUGUGUUUGAAUCAAUCAAGGAAUAUCUUGCUAACCCUCCUGUCCUUAUGCCACCUAGGAAGAAACAGCCGCUGAAGUUAUAUAUUUCAGCUGCGGAUGAGUCAAUCGGAAGUUUGUUAGCCCAGGAUAACGAAGUAGGGAAAGAACAGGCGGUGUAUUACCUUAGUCGUAUUUUGACACCGGUUGAGCGUCGAUAUACGCCAAUCGAAAAAAUGUGUCUUGCUUUGUAUUUUGCUGCUCACAAACUGAGAAUAUAUAUGCUACCUGUUUUAGUUUAUGUGAUUUGUGCCACUGACUUGAUUAAGUAUAUGCUUUCUCGUCCAAUAAUUUCUGGACGAAUAGGCAAGUGGUCCUUGGCCCUUAUGGAAUUCAGUUUCCAAUAUGUGCCUCAAAGGGCCGUAAAGGGCCAAGCACUUGCUGAUUUCCUAGCUGACCAUCCAUGCUUGGAUGUUGAUCCGGGAGUUUAUGAUGCAAUGGAGUUAUGUGCUAUUCAACUAACUCCUUGGACUCUAAUUUUUGACGGAUCCAGCGCAAAUGAUGUCGGGGGAGCUGGAGUUGUAAUAAUUGCACCAAAUGGCAGGAAAACAACAUAUUCUUUCUUUCUAGAUUUCAAAUGUUCUAACAAUCAAGCAGAAUAUGAAGCUCUGAUUAUUGGUCUUGAAAUACUCUUAGAGAUGGGGGCACAGACCGUUGAGAUCAUAGGUGAUUCAAGUUUGGUGAUCGGUCAGUUGUCCAGCAAUUUCAGGUGCCAAAGUUGGCACCUCAAACCAUUCCACUCUAUAGCCAUGCAAUUACUACAAGAAUUUGCAGAGGUAAAGGUCAAGCAUGUUUAUAGAUUGCAUAAUAAAGAGGCCAAUGAUUUGGCUCAAAUAGCAUCUGGCGUUAGGGUGCCAGAAGGAAUAAUGGAGAAUUUGAUCAGAAUAAAGAGAAGGUCAUUACCCUCAGUUAAGGCGAGGGAAGAAUUGUUGGCGGAGGUCUUUGCAAUCGAGGUGGAAGACGAUAUGGAAGAGAAUGAUUGGAGAACACCGAUCGUCGAUUUUCUCAAAAAUCCAGACCCUAAGGCUGACAAGAAGCUAAAGAUCAAAGCUCUUAAGUUUGUGAUGAUUGAUGGAGACCUAUUCAGGAAAAGCAUCAAAGAUGACCUACUCCUAAGGUGUGUCAGUAAAAAAGAAGCCAUGAAAGUAAUGGGAGAGACCCAUGAAGGGGUAUGUGGUGCUCACCAAGCUGGAAUAAAAAUGAAGUGGCUGAUUAGAAGGUACGCUUAUUACUGGCCCGGGAUGCUUAAAGACUGUAUCACAUACGCCAAAGGAUGUCAAGCGUGUCAAAGGCAUGGGCCAAUCCAUAGAGCCCCUGCGAUUGAAUUGCAACCAAUCAUAAAACCAUGGCCUUUUAGAGGAUGGGCUAUGGAUUUGAUAGGGAAAGUUUAUCCACUUUCUUCUAAACAACAUUAUUUUAUCAUUGUGGUAAUUGACUACUUUACCAAGUGGGUCGAAGCGGUGCCCAUGAAGUCAGUGCACCAAGAAGAUGUGAUUCGGUUUAUCAAACAACAUGUUAUUCAUAGAUUUGGGAUCCCAGAAUCAAUCACAACUGAUCGAGGUUCAGCCCUUGUUGCCAAAGAAGUGCAGGCAUUUGCAGCAGAGUACGGGAUCAAGCUCCUAAACUCAACCCCUCACUUUGCACAAGGAAAUGGUCAAGCCGAGUCGUCUAAUAAGACGCUAAAAGGCAUCAUUGAAAAAAUGGUGGAAGAUAACCCUAGGGUGUGGCAUGAACUGUUAUCAGAAGCACUUUGGGCAUAUAGGACUUCUCAACGGUCAAGCACAGGUGUGACUCCAUUCAUGCUCACCUAUGGUCAUGAUGCAGUUUUGCCUAUGGAAGUGACUGUGCGGUCAAUGAGAUUCGCAUUGCAAAACAAUUUGACCCUUGCUGAAUAUAAUGAGUCUAUGUUGGUCGAAUUGGAGGACCUAGACGAAGUAAGGUUAAGGGCUCUUAACCACAUACAAGUUCAGAAGAGGCGAGUAGCAAGGGCAUAUAACAAGCGUGUUAGGGCCAAAAUCUUCGGUGAAGGUGACUUGGUUUGGAAGACUGUCCUCCCAAUGGGUGUGAAUGAUCGAAAAUAUGGAAAAUGGUCACAAAAUUGGGAAGGUCCAUUUGUGGUUUACAAAGUCUUAAAAGGAGGCGCAUAUCAUUUGCAAGAUCUUGACGGGGAAAUACACCCUCGACCAAUUAAUGGCCGAUACUUAAAAACUUAUUAUCCUAUAAUGUGGGAGACAAUGGAGAAUAAAACCAAAGAUGGUUAA